AUGAGCGGACUUCCGCCAGGAUCCUUUGUCGACGAAGGCGGUGAUUCAGCACCCACUACGGAUCCUGCCACCACUAUCACCCCAUCCUCGCCUCCAUCUGCAGCAGAAGACGUCUCUCACACCAUAGAAGAGAUUGCCACCACCUCUCUCGUUCCCGACUCUACCCCUCAUUCCGACCCACAGCCUCUUUCACCCGAAGAAGCCCACGAAGUAGAAGAAGAGCGCACCGAAGCCCAAUCUCUCUCCGAAGCCGCACUCUCUAUCCCCGAUUCCGAAGCGGACAAUGACGACGCUCUUGCCGUCUACGAGCCUGCUAACGAAGCUGUCGCCGGAGACGCUGGUGUGGUUGCCACCCAAGGCCCUACUGUUAACUGGCAAGGUGUUCUCGGACACUCUGUUUCCGCGUUGGGUGCCGCCAAUGCUGGUACUUCUGCCUACUUCAAUUUUGCUAGAACUGCCACUGCUUUCGGUCUGAAUGUGGCCAAGCGCGUGACGCAAGGUCUGGUCGCUGUGCCUGCGCUGUUGGCUGACGGCGCACUGACGGGUACUGCCCCUGGUGACACGUCUGGUAAUCCGAGCAUCGCGCGAGCUGCUCAUUCCGGAAUUGCCAGCUUCUUUGAUGCCAUCUCGUUAGUCGCUGUGGGAGGCAUCGAUCUGACCAGUGCGGUUACGAGCGUAGGUCUCGGUGCAGCAGGCUCAGGUGUAGAAGGUGUUCGACGUGCGCUCGGCUCUGAAGUCCUUCGCAGUCUUUCGGAGUUCACUAAACUCGUCAAACGCGAAUGGAACGCUCAAGAUGACUCUCUUCCCCCUGGCGGCAUUCCAGCUUACUCCAUCGUAGGCGUUGUGAAAGCACUCUCCACUUGGGUCUCGAUUCAACUCGUUGCUCGCAGCUACUACGAAAAGAAGAUGCUCGCCGGACUCCUCGAAAUCGACACCCACAAACUCAAGGAAGAAGUUGAAGCGCUCAAACAGACACACCACGUCCGAAUCACUUCCGCUUCCCUCAACGUCACCCGUUCGAAUUCUCAGCAAAGCAGCAGACACACCGACACCGGUGUCGAAGCGUACAGUCAAAAUGACGUUCGUAUUACCUCGAACCAGUCUAUUUCCGGAGAGUACUCGGGUAAUGUCAUUGGUGCUGAGAUCGGUCAUAAAGAUGGUUCCUCCACUCGUCUGCCCGGUUCUACCCUCUCCGAUGAGCCCGCUCGACCGCUGUCCGACGCUGAGGCAGUGCAUAACUUGCAGCGAUACUCCAAAUUGGUUCUAGGCGUGUACGGGGGUUUAGCGCUGUACUGGCUCAACUCUAUGCCUUCUGGAAGUCAGACUUCGAUUGGGGAGCUGAUUGCGUCUGCUCAUGAUACCGAUCAUACCCGACCGGGUAGUGCUGGAACGGAUGGAGUCGGUGGGGUCAUCUUCAGCGCUGAAGAUGAGUUCAUGCGCAAAGAUCAAGCUGAGUUCCUCGAGGCUGCGGCGCAGAUGGAGUUGGAGGAUGAAGAUGAUGGCACAACUCCUACUUCUGCUACUUCCCAUGAUCAGCAGCCAGCUGCACCCGCGGCUACAACUAGAAAUGGUAGAACUCACGCCUCGUCCUACAACCUCUGGGAUGUCAUUUCCGGAACCCAUGAUGAGGAUCUCUUCCACCAUUCAGCUAACCUUGAACGCGGCGCUGCCAUCUCCGGGUCGUACGAAGACGACCAUUCCUCCGUCAGGGGACUGUCCACCACGCGUCCCAUCCACAGGCCUGGUGUGGGCAAAGCGCGUCCCAGCAAACCUCGAUUCUACGUUGUUACGGAUCACCCGCGUCAAACGAUCAUGCUUGUUCUCCGCGGAACUCUUUCCGUUGGUGAUCUUGCCGCUGAUCUUACGUGCGAAUCAGUUCCGUUCGUGUUCGAUGAAGAAGUGCUCCCUAACAUCCAAGCUAAGGCUGCCGCCGCUACCAACGGGGCAAAUGUGAACGGGAACGGGAGAUUCGUAGAGGAAGCAGCACAAGACCUGUGCCACGAGGGGAUGUACAUUACCGCACACGAGAUCGGUGCACCUGGUCGAUCGGUUCACCGUUCUGUUGCUGCCGCGCUCGCGGAUAAUCCGGGAUACUCAAUCGACGUUACCGGCCAUUCACUCGGAGCGGGUGUUGCGUCGGUAUUGGCGAUGAUGUGGGCGGAUCCUACUACUGGGUUGACCACGACGGCUUCGGGGUUGCCUGCUGGACGACGUCUCCACGCGUACUGUUUCGCCGUCCCUUGCGUCACUUCCUCCUCUCUCGGCAGGAAGGUCUCUUCGAUCAUCACGAGUUACACCUAUUCCUACGACCUCGUCUGCCGCCUCAGUCUAGGGUCGAUUCAGGAUAUCCGCAAUGGCAUUGCUUGGCUCUGUUACCAAGACAAACAAGAUCACCAUGGAGAUGGAACGAUGAACGCACUUAUGAAGCGUGCGUUCGAGUAUCAGUCUGGAAGAAUCGAUUCGGGUAGUGAGAGAGAGAAGGUGGAAGAAGAAUUUUUGGUAUUGAGGAAAACGCUAGAGGCGAGCAUGGGGAAUACGCAUUUGUUUCCACCUGGAAAAGUUCUCUACGCGCUGACGGAGGGUGAUGAUCUCUUACAGGAACCAGGAGAGGAAGGGGAAAGAGGGGAAAAGAAGCAAAGAUUGUUUAGGGUGAAUGAAGAGGAUGACGCGGCGCUGAAGAAUGUUUUUGGUCAAAUGGUGUUUUCGAGGAAUAUGUUGAGUUGUCAUAUGCCGAAUGUGUAUGAUAAGUCUUUGCAUGAUUUGACUCGUUAG